AAUCGGCCUAAAAACUGAACAAGAGCCCAGCCCGCAGUCACCAUCAGAAAAUUUCCCUGGCUCGCUUUUACACUGACGGCAUCAUAAAAAAAAAUUGUGGAUAAGAAAAUUCGGCAGCUGCUCGUCCGCCAGUCUCGCCGGUCGAAAAUACUCCGCCGCCGAGGAAGCCAUGGCUGGGAUUACCAGCGCCGGCAGCUUUCCUUUCACACCCCUUCCGACCGCCGGAAAAUCGGCCACUCUUUUAUCGUCCCUCGACUCCAAGCUCUUCGGCCGCCGGCUCCACUGCUCCCCUCUAUGCCGAGCAGAGUCUCUCGUCUCCUCUCCCAGGACAUUCCCCGGCUCCUCCGUGGUCACCGCCCGUUACGGCGGCGGGGGAGGCGGCGGCAGGGGCGGACGUUCGAGGCAGACCGAACCCGAUGAUGAGCAGGCUCUUGACAUAUCUGUAGUUCGGUCGGCUACUGUGAGGCUCAUCGACCAGAAGCAAAACAUGGUUGGAGUGGUAUCGAAAUCUGAAGCUAUUCGGAUGGCUGAAGAAGCUGAGCUUGAUUUGGUUGUGUUGUCUCCAGAAGCAGAUCCUCCGGUCCUCCGAAUAAUGGAUUACAACAAAUAUAGAUAUGAACAACAAAAGAAGAAGAAAGAUCAGCAGAAGAAAAGUGCAGCGAGUCGAAUGGAUCUAAAGGAGCUUAAGAUGGGUUAUAGCAUUGAUCAACACGAUUAUGGUGUACGGCUGAAGGCGGCUAGAAAGUUUUUGACAGAUGGUGAUAAGGUUAAGGUGAUCGUAAACUUGAAAGGUCGUGAAAAUGAGUUCAGAAACAUUGCCAUCGAGCUUCUCAGACGUUUCCAGAAUGAUGUUGGGGAGUUGGCAACUGAGGAGAGCAAGAAUUUGAGGGAUAGGAACAUAUUCAUUACCUUGGUUCCCAAUAAGGCUAUUCAACAAAAAGGUCAGGAACCUCCCAAGAAGAAAGAUAAGCCAGCUGCUGUAAAUGAAGUGUCGGCCAAUGUGUAAGUUGACAGUAGGGAAGAGUUUUUAUCUAUGAAGCAGAUGCUAAAGGUUGUCCUCGAAUCCAUCAGCUGGGUGUAGAAAACUCAGGAACUGUACAGCUACUGUACCAUAGCACAAUUUGGAUCAACAUGGCAAGUUCAAGUGCAUAACUUCGCCGAGAUAAAUAGAAAGCCUUUGAAGCUUCCCUCCCUUCUUAUAAUGUAUCUUGGUGGCGGGUUGCUGUUCAGAUAGUGAUUUCCGUGGCUGACAGCUGAGGGGUCAUCGGGGCUUUUCAGCGCUGCAAUGUGUUCAUUAAGAAACAUGGUAAGUGGUGGCACUCUCCCUUCCUUUUAUUCGAAGUGAUAGGACUCAGAAAUGUAAUCAAUGUACUCUGUGUACCAUCUAUAUCACAUGCCAAUGUAAUCUUUUCCCACCAAAAUGUUGGGUUCAUGUUAAAUGCCUUGGUUCAGGUGUGUCAACAUAAGCUUGCGACUCGUCGGUUCAACGCCUUGUUGAUGAACGCUUUGGUUCGGUGUAUUUGAAAACGUGUCAUUUCUUGCAAUCGAAACUUUUCAUGUAUAUUGCACGUUGAUCAGCG